AUGUGUUCUAAUACGCCCUUUGCCACGUUGUCGCCAACCAAGGUGCAGCAGCUCCGUACGGGCCGAAUUGCAAAGAAUAUCUUCUCUGUGCAGGGCCUCGAUUCUGCCAUACUCAAAAUUGCCCUCCCCUCGAAACCGGUAUACCUGGGCCAUCUCGGUCUACCCGACGAUGAGCAUGCCUUUCAUACCCAUGGCGGCCCUGACAAGGCAUUAAUGCAUUACGCGGCCGGUCAUUACGAUAAAUGGAGGAAAGAGCUCCCUGGAUCAGUGAGCCUGCUCACAUAUGGAGCGUUUGGCGAGAAUCUCCUCACGGACCCAGCGGAUGGAUAUAAUGAGCAGACUGUUUGCAUUGGUGAUAUUUUCGCUAUUGGAAACAACGGCGCGCAAAUUCAGGUCACCCAACCUCGACAGCCAUGCUAUAAACUAAAUCAUCGGCUUGAGGUCAAAGAUAUGGCGAUGCGGUCCCAAACAGAGUGCAGAACCGGCUGGCAUAAUCGGGUCCUUGUGCCUGGCUUCAUCACGCCCGGUGACUCGAUGCAGCUUAUAGAGCGUAAACACCCAGACUGGCCUAUCAGAAGGGUACAGCGUUAUCUGUAUGAUGAACGGCACAAUAUGGAGAUCAUGCGGGGAUUAAUGGAGAUGGAAGCCCUGGCUGAAGAAACAAGGGGUAUUUUUCGAAAGCGCGUCCAAAAGGGCGAAUACAGGAACGAGGAUAUGCGACUUAUUGGAGACGAUAAUGCGGCAUUGAAAUGGAAUACGUACAGGCUGGCCGGGAAAAUAAAGGAGACAGACGCCGUUUCAUCAUUCAUCUUUGAGGCAGUGGAUAAGUUUGAGAAUCCGGUACAAGCACUACCAGGAGCCCAUAUACGCGUUAAACUGGGUCCCAAAAGCGGGAAUCUUGUGAGGGCUUACUCGGUGGUGGAAGGCGACAGUAAUGGAUUCAGACUCGGUAUUGUACACGAUGCUCGGUCAAGAGGGGGUUCAAAGUUCCUGCACGAAAAUUUGGAGCUUGGAGAAGAACUAGUGUUCAGCAACAUGGCAAGUGAUUUCCCACUGGUGGAUGGUACAUUGUGUGAUGAGCAUAUCUUUCUCUCCGGGGGCAUCGGGAUCACAGCUUUCUUCACCAGUGCGAAGCUGCUCAAAGAGCAGGGCCGGAGCGUUGCCCUAUACUAUGCUGUUAAACGUGCCGCAGAUGUUGGAUUCAAGGAUAUUCUACAGACGCUUGAGGAUAAAGUUAAGUUAUGUGUAUCUGAAAAAGGAAGCAAGAUAAAUAUUGCCAAUAUCCUUAAUAAUGCGAACGACAGAACGCAUAUCUAUGUCUGUGGUCCCGAUCGAUUGCUCGAUGCCGUCAAAGAGACUGCGCGGACGAUAGGCUUCCCACAAUCCAACAUACACUCAGAGGCAUUUGUUAUAUCUACUGGUGGGGAUCCAUUCACUGUCCAGAUUGAGAGCCAAUGCAAGGAGCUACAGGUCAGAGAAGGUGAAACACUACUAGAUGUGUUGAGAGAAGCCGGUUUUGACAUACCAAGUAACUGCGAGGUUGGAAACUGUGGCACUUGUCGGGUCGGUGUAAAACAGGGCCGUGUGCAGCAUCGGGGUACCGGGCUUUUGGGCGACGACAAAAAGAGCAUGAUGCUUAGUUGUGUUAGCAGAGGAGUGGAUACGUUGGCAUUGGAUUUGUGA